UCCAACCAAAAAAUGGUUAAAGAAGCAAUAGAAAAGAAACUCGAGGAAGCCGCAUCAAAAGGCGACACAACAGCUCUCAGAAAAUUACUCGAACAAGAUCCAAUCCUUAUUCAUCAACUCGCAUUCCCAUAUUCAAGAAAUCUCCUACACAUAGCCACCAUGUCUGAACAAGAAGCCAUCGUCGAAGAGAUAACGACGAGAGAUCCACAGCUAGCACGAAAUCCAGACUCCCGAAACUCGUCGCCUCUCCACGUGGCGGCAGCGCAGGGAAGCCUUGGGAUCGCCGCCAGACUGAUCACGGUGGCCCCGGAGAUGUGCUGGUGGCGCGACGAUCAGGGCAUGAACCCGGUUCAUGUGGCUGCCGUGAAAGGGCGUGUCGAGGUGGUGAAGGAGCUGCUUCGAGUGGACUCGUUUCCGGCUAUGGAGAGAGUGGACCGCGGGCAGACCGUGUUGCAUUUGUGCGUGAAGCAUCGGCAGAUUGAGGUUUUGAAGGCUUUGGCGGACAAGUUGGGGGAUCUUGUGUGUGCAAAGGAUGAUGAUGGGGACACGCUAUUGCAUUUGGCUGUUAGGUCUAAUCAAAUUGAGAUACUACAAUACUUGGUGAGAAGCAACAAAAUACUGAAGCUAACACUUAAUUCCAUGGGCAAAACAGCACUUGAUAUCCUGGAGGAGAGCCCUGAAGACACAACCAACUACAUAGAAAUGAAGAAAAUGCUCACAAGCCUGUCGACACAAUCGUUGCUCGACGCCCUCCCAAAGCUCACCGACACGACGAUGGUGGUGGUCGUCUUGAUCGCCACCAUGGCCUUCCAGGCAGCCAUCAGCCCCCCAGGCGGCGUGUGGCAGGACGACUCCCCAUCCCACAAAGCCGGGGAGGCCGUGAUAGCCUCCACCCACCCCAAAAUAUACAAGGACUUCGUGCGAGCAAACACCACCGCCUUCAUUUCAUCUCUCGUCACAAUCGUCCUCAUCACCACCGGCCUGCCGUCGGAGAAUUUUUAUCUUUAUGUAAUAGUGAUGUACGCGAUGUGGGUGUCGUUGGCUUCGAUUGCGGUGAGCUAUGGAGCGGCGAUAACGGUGAUUUCUUCGAGUAGGAAAGCGCAGUCUCUCGGCAAAGUUAUCAACGUAGUUAAUGCGGUGUCCAACAGUGUCAAUGGGUUCAUAUCGAUGUAUGGUGCUGUACGGCAACUAUAUUUGUCGUGGAGGAGUAAGCAGCGGCGGCAGCAAGAUCUUACUGCGGAUUCUUUUGUCCUGCGUGCCUUUUAUUGGAUUUUCGAGCUGUCGGAUCGUCGUUCCGGAGAUUUUAUUCCCCGUUGGUUUCCGAGGUCGGCUUCUCCACCGCCGGACAAUUUUUGAUCUCAUUGUGUA